UCGAUCAUGUUUCUUUCUGGCGGUUCGAUAUGCGGACCUCCUCACCAACCAAGCUGACCUCCCUCUUUUAUUCUUGGACUAAGAGGGUGGCCAUCGUCCAGAGCUGUGCCGCCGGGUGGCUUCCAUUUGCGAAAACCCAAUUGAGCAGCCACUUUUCCAUAUCUACCAGCGCGGUUGGCCAAGUUAACGUUUGUGUCCCCAGCACAGCAGACUUCUGCCAUGAUAACAAAACAUUUCUAAUCGUCAACUGUCAAACGUGA